GCGGUUCUACCAAAUUUUGAGUCCUUUGUUGGUGGGAUAGUGGGGGAGGACGUCGACUAUUUUUUUAGUCCUCUAUUUGGUCUGAGGGUUAUUGCCUCGGGACAAAGCAUAGGCCUUCCUGUUUGCCUAAAAAUCAUAGAGUUGGAUUUUGUCUUAAAAUUGAUGAAACUUGUCAACUGCAACAGCAUUGGAUGGGACCAAAAGAAAUCCUACGCUAGAGAAGAUGAUGAUGAAGAUUCCGACGAGGGAUGUUUUGUUGCUAAUGGCUAUCGCAAAAUGACAAAAGAAGAGCACGAGGAUUACAACAAUCAGAUAAAUGAGAACAUGGGCUUUGACGUCAUGGUUCCCACUGAUGUAGCUGGGUGUGGUAUACAAAAGCCAUUCCGGUGGAGCUUUGAGGUGGACGAGCCUGUUUCGAACCAUCUCAAAUAUUGCGCAGAAUUGGCUGUUAAGUCCUAUAACAAGAAUUAUAAAACAACAUUUGCGUUUGGCAAGCUCCUCAAGGCAAACAAGGAGACGUGUUGUUCGGUAAACUAUAUUACCUUUGAGGCCAUGGAUGGAAGCGGCGUACGUGAGACUUUCCAAGCUAUCGUGCAUGAGGAGGAACCUUUGAGUGGCUACAAAGUCUGUUUUUGCAGGAUCAAACCAAAAUCUUAAAUACUCGAAGGUGUGAUUUUUAGUCAUCUUGUUCCUUUCUUUUCUGAUCCAAUAUGAUUUUUGCGUCGUAUGAAUUU